AUGAAUACCAGUACACCUGUUGUUUUAGAUGAAGAUACUUAUACUGAAGCUAUCAGCUUCAUUAUCGAAAGAGACUUCUUUCCAAACUUGGUUAAAAUGAAGGCUCAGCAAAACUAUUUCCAAGCUCAACAAUCAGGAACUUUAUUUGAUCUUCAAAAAGCAAGUAAAGCGCUAAGAGAUGUCCAGCAACCCAAGAAAGUCGAGAAAAAGAAUCAGUCAAUAAACUACUACUUUGAACAAGAAUCUGAAUUAGAGAAAAGAGUCAACUUGGAUCUGUCACUUGAUCAAUUUCAAACUCUAUAUACAAGUGAAGAUAAUGCUUCCUUUGCCGAAAUACUCGAAAAGGCCAAUCAAAAGGCAAAAGAAAAGAACAAAUGGUUCUUUGAUAAAGAAUCAAAUCAACUAAGAAUCACCAACGGCACACAAUCAGUUCAGCUCAUCGAAGGACCUACUGGAUGGAAAUAUAAAGCUAGAAAUACAUUAAUGUAUUACCCCGAGGGCAAGAGCGAGUCAUGGAUCAAGGAGGACGAUGCACGAGGACAGCCCAAGGCGAUUGAGUACAAGAAUACAGACAUCACUAUACCACUCACCAUACAAGAAGAUAAACCGUUGUCUGAUAUCGCUAUUCAACAAGGCAAGAUGACGCCUUGGACACAGCUUAAUCAAGUUGAUCAGCACGCAACAAGCGAUGCUUCACCUGUCUUACGAGGCUACCAACUCGUCGCAUCUACACCAGCCCUUAGCCCUUCUCGCAUGGGUACUCCUCAAAUGACCUGGGGUUCAAUCGAAGGCACGCCCAUGCCUGUAGACGGAUCAACUACUCCAGGACCCAAGUUCUCCUUACCAGAGAUCUCAAGGAGAGAGCAAUUAGGCAUGAAACUAUCUGAGAAGGCAUCUAGAGCCUAUCGUAAAAAGACAAGCGAAAGGGUGUCCAAAGGAACACCGAGAUCAGGGGCUGGAUUGAUGUCUCCUGCAGCACAACAUUUACUUCGUAAAAGUCAAAACUCACCCCAUUUACAACGAACUGCUUUUGGAGAUGCUCUUAGGAGCGCCUAUGGAUCAAGUCCUCUACGUACAGGCUCAACUGUUAGACGACCAGGAGAAACACCGACUCCGGUACCUUUGUUCCGUGCAGGCGCUACUCCUUUAGCAAAAAAUGUCAAGAAAUAA